CGUGAAGGAAUCCGUAUGAGCAUUCAAAUAUCACUCCGGCUUGUGCGCUGGAUGGAGCGGAUGUCUGAGGAGGCGUUGAGGCUGAACCUGCUGAAGCGGGGUCUGGAGGCGCCGGAUGAGCGGGAGGAGGCCCUUGCCAAGCGCCUUAAGAUGGAGGGUCACGAGGCCAUGGAAAGGCUGAAGAUGCUAGCCUUGCUUAAACGAAAAGAUCUUGCUGCCUUGGAGGGGGCGGCGGUGGCAGCGGCCAUGGCAGAGGGCAAAGGCCCCGGUGGAAGUCAGGGGCUGAUGGGAGCCGUGGCCUACGAGGAGAAAAUGAACGGAAGCUUGAGAGUCGGGGGCCAUGGGGGCCCCAGCAAGUGGGAAGAAAACAUAGUGGAUGAACCAGUCGACAUGAGCGCAAGAAGAAGUGAAAUAGUUAGGGAGCGACGCACUCCAUCACCAGACGUCAUCAUCUUAUCAGACAAUGAGGCGUCCAGCCCCAGGAGCACGCCAUACCCUGAGGAAAAACAUCAUCAGGCAAACUUAGAGAUGUUCAAGGGGAAGACCGGCGAUGAGCGGCAGCAGAUGAUCAAAGCUCUCCGAGAGGAGCUCAGGCUGGAGGAGGCCAAGCUGGUGCUCCUGAAAAAACUGAGACAGAGCCAGAUGCAGAAAGAGAAUGUGGUGCAGAAGGUGCCAGUGGUCCAGAAUGCCCCAUCUUCGGUGCAGCCGUCACCCAUGCACAGCUCUCAGGGGCUGGGUAAACUACCGGUACGGCCAGGCAUGCACUCAUCGGAGCCUCAGAAUCUGCGCACUGCACAGGGCCACACAGUAAUCAGGUCGGCUGCCAAUGCAUCUUUGCCUCCCAUGAUGAUGUCACAGCGGGUUAUCGCGCCCAAUCCUGCCCAGCUUCAGGGUCAGAGAUUGCCCUCCAAGCCUGGCAUGGGCCGAUCCUCCACAGGUGGUUUGGGUAACGCAGUGAGCUAUCAGCAGGCUGCCAGCCAGCAGGUGGGGGUCUCGCAGCGUUCAGGUUCCUCUGCUAUCUACAUGAACCUGGCACACAUGCAGGCAGCAGGAGCUGGCGUUGGGGUGAGUGUGAGUGGUGUGGGUGCCGUCAGCCCCUCCACCCUAUCCAGUGCCUCCAGCGUCGCUUCGUUGAACGACCAGGCCAGCAGCCAAGCAGCUGCUAAACUGGCCCUGCGUAAGCAGCUUGAAAAGACCCUGUUGGAAAUACCUCCACCUAAACCUCCGGCACCCCUGCUGCACUUCCUACCCUCCGCUGCCAACUCUGAGUUCAUCUAUAUGGUGGGCCUGGAGGAGGUGGUGCAGAGCGUCAUUGAUAGUCAGGGUAAAAUGCGAGGGUCACUGCCAAACGUGGAGCCGUUCUUCUGUGCUCAGUGCAGGACCGACUUCACUCCACACUGGAAGCAGGAAAAAAGCGGACGCAUCCUCUGCGAGCAGUGUAUGACGUCCAAUCAGAAGAAGGCCCUGAAGGCCGAGCACACCAAUAGGCUGAAGAAUGCUUUUGUUAAAGCUUUGCAGCAAGAACAGGAAAUUGAGCAAAGGUUGCAGCAGCAGACUGCUCUGUCCCCCAGCUCGGCUCAGACUGUGCCUAGCGUGAGCAAAGGGGAGACUAUGAUUCGACACCAUGCCCUCAGACAGACUCCUCAGCCACAGGCUUCUCUGCAGCGGGGUCUGUCCAGCUCGGCGCGAGGUGUCCUGUCUAACUUCGCCCAAGCCUCUCAGCUCUCUGUGGCCAGCGGGCUGCUGGGUAUGACAAGCAAACGCUGUGGUGGAAGCAGCAGUACCAGCAGCAGCAGUCGGGCCCAGCAUGACAACCGCAGGCAGAUCUACAAUAUUCCUGGUCUGAAUAUUGCCUAUCUAAAUCCCGGAGCCAUCGGGGGCCACAAGGCAUCCAGCCUAGCGGACCGUCAACGGGAGUAUCUGCUCGACAUGAUUCCCCCACGCUCCAUAUCCCAGUCCAUCACUGGGCAGAAAUGAGCCCUGACGGGACUGCAGUUCUCCCUCGGACGCCCUGCCACCCCUCCGUUCGACAUCAGAACGUCCCCAUCCCCCACCCUCCCCGACACA